UUGGUGGCGAUGGGAAGGGUGCAAGGAUCGACUGACUGAAGCUGAUCUGGCGAGUGGCCCGUGCAGCCGACAGUCCCCAUGAGUUCGCCGGGGGUCGAGGUCAAGCUGGAGGCUGUGAUCCAGGUAAAUCCAGAAAAGGAGAAAUAUUGGACUCAUGUACUAGCUGAUGGCUGCAGGUUAGCAUUGAUCUGGAAAUAUGGAGGAAUCUACCUGGAUACUGACAUUAUAUCACUGAGGUCUUUGCCGUUCGCUAACUUUACAUGUCCAGAGAACACAGGAACAGUCAGUAAUGGGGCACUCGGUUUCCAUUAUAAGCACCAUACCUUUUUGUGGAAUUGCAUGGAAGACUUUGUGGAUCAUUACAAUGGGGAUAUUUGGGGUCAGCAGGGACCUCAACUGAUCACCCGUGUGCUGAAGAGAUGGUGCAAUAUUAAUGAACUAGGCACCUUCAUUGGCAAGGAAUGCAAUGGCAUCUUUAUAUGGAUCACAAAUCGUUUCUAUCCAGUCCCAUAUCCAGCAUGGGAGAGGUACUUUGCUCCCUGGAAAAAGGAGCAUGUAGAACAGGCCUUUUCAGAUACAUAUGGAGCACAUGUCUGGAACUUUAUGAAUAAACACAAGAAAAGAAAAGUUGUUGCUGGAAGUGGAUCAUUAAUGGAACAUUUUUUCCAGUUGCAUUGUCCAAAUACAUACAAAAAUUUGAUUCAAUCCAGCAAUAGUAGAUCCUGAUUCAGGACCUGAUAUUGUACAAUGAGUGACAUAAUUUACUUGACAGAUCUUCCAAAUAGCAAUUUGCAUGCAGUGUAUGAAAAUAAUGGGAAAUUCAAAGUUCUCUGCACCACCUGGUCAGGGGUACUGAGUGCAGUGAAAGAAUCAGCCACAUUGAUAAGGAUUACUUAUAUUUUAUUGACCUAUUUGAAAAUCAGUGUGGAUUUUUGUUGGUCAACUGUUUUUUUACUGUAGGUUGUAACUUUUGAUUAAUGUAACUUUUAACUUUA